AUGCUGCUCGAAGGUCCCAGAUAUUCCCCAUCCCUCUGCAGGUCCACUGGUCGGAGCUCCACCUGGGCACCGCAGUUCGCGGUGCCGGACCUGACCCCUGCGGCGCUGCAAAGGGCGGCGGAGGCGAAGGCGGGGAGCGGCUGUCCAUUGGGAUACCUGGCGCUGAUGCGGCUGCAGGAGCUUUUCCUUCCCUGGAGUCGGCCACGCUCCACCAUCCUGGCGCUCACGAAGUAUGUGGCACAGCGGGCUACGCUGGCUGAUGUCAUGUGGUCCUCUUGGCCUUUACCCUUCUUGCUGAGUCAGGUCUCCAAAGUGCUCUGUCGUUUUGUCGGCUCCCGCCACUUGGUGGGCUUCGCAAAGCCGCGCGUCGCGGCCUACGGACGCUGCUGGAAGGCCAGGCCCAAGAUUUGGUGCCUGGCGCGUGCUGCGCGCCGCCUCACACUGCGCUCCAUCAGUGAGUCCUCCACACUUGGGCAUCACCUGGCGCGGCUCUCGCGCUUCUUGCGUCGCCUGGGCGAGAGCCGCGUGGUCAAGGAGCUGCGCGCCGAGGCGACGCACCUGAUGCUCUGGAACGCCCUCGCCAAGCUGCAGGCAUCGCUCUAUUCCAUGACCUCAUUGGAGGGCGACUGCAGAGUGAAGCGACUCUGCCCUGCCUGCCUGGUCCCGGUACAAGGGGAAUGGGUCCAGGAGGCACAAUUCAUGGACGACCUGUGGUCGGCCUCGCACAAGAUGGCCUUCGCACAGCUGGCACCCAACGGCGGCUCCACUAGCCCAGCUCGGGCCUCAGCAGUGGAGGCACUCAGCAAACAUGAAGGAUUGCCUUGGCAGCGGAAGUUUCGACAGCUGAGUUUUCUGCUAGGUCGUCAGAAAGCGCUUCCACGAAGCUGGAAACACGUUGCGGGUGCCACCGCUGUGGCCACGGUGCUCUGGAGCGGCCGGCGCUCGGUGGAGGAGCUCUGGACCUACGCGGAAGUGAUCGCUACCCUGGCCAGCUCUCUACACAAUGUGAGACCCUUUCUGUCUCUGGUGCCACAGGACUUGCCCAGUUCGAUCGCACGCUUUCUGCGCUCUAGGGGCGUGAGGCUCGCACGUUUGAAGCACCUCUAUGUGUGGCCCAGCGCUGAUCCACAGGGCAUUUGGGAUGCCAGUCAACUACCAGGUGGCAUUGGCCCCAUCUACGAUUGGCCCAAGUUCCUGCUGUGGGGCUUGACGCGCUACGAACGCCUGGUGUUUUUGGACGCCGAUACGUUGCCCUUGGGACCAGACGCCUUGGAGCCUCUCUUCACCGCGGUGAACGAUGAUGGCGUCGGCUUUGCGGCAGUGGCUUUUGGUGAAGGACUUGAGAUGAACAAUGGCAUUUUUGCCUUACGACCGUCCCACGAAAUCUUGCGAUGCCUCUUACACACCGCGCGGAGUGAAGUCUUUUGGAGGGAGCCCUUCGCCGAGGAAUUUCGCUUCCGGGGAGGCACUUGGAUGGCUUUCUUGGACCUCUUUUGGCGCCACAAGGCAUGGCUCUCGUCUCUCUGUGACGUGAACCAUGUACCGGGCUAUGCGCUGCUUCCGGAGGUGUUCAACUUUCCGGCUUCCCUGGGAGCCAUUUUUCAGGUGUCAGACUCCAGGAACAGCUCACAUCGGGGUGACCGCCGCGCGGUGCAGGUGGCCGAGCACUGGGCCAAGGUGCUGGUGGAUUCGCAAUUCCAUGGCGUGCGGAUCUUGCACUGGGUAGGAGCGAAGAGGAAACCCUGGCUGCACUGGUCCCUGGCUGCUCGCACUGUGCUGGAUCGGAUGUGGUGGCGUCAGCAUCGCCUGAUGUGUCUCCGAAGACCUGGCGUCCGGGACAGGCGGCCGGUCCGGGCUGAGUGGCAGCAGGAUCUGCCGAUGAUGGGGUUGGGGACCUGGGGAUGGCAAGUUUGCUGUUUAGCCAACGAUGGGGAUUUACAUGACCUAUAG